GCGGAGAAAAAUCUUCUUCAGUAUCCCUUCAAGAGCAAUUGCACCGACUACGAGACAGCAUGGAGAGAGAAUCAUGGAAAUGGACCCAUGACCGAAAAAAUGUGCAAAGAGAAGUGCAAACUCGAAAAAUCUAUGCGUUUAUAUAAAUGUGCCGAAAGAAGGAUUGACUAUCCUCACAAUGAAACCAUCUGUGCGGAUCCCAUUCCGAAUUUCGCCAGGGAAGCUAGAUUUCAGUGUGCGAGGAGUUGCUCAGCCCCAUGCAAAAUAAGAAGAUAUGAAGUGCAGGUUCAGGAAGCGGAUAGCGAAGGAACAAGAAAAAGCUGCGUCACGACAAGUGACUUAUCGUGUGCAACUUUAGUUCAUAUUAUAUUCGAAAAUCUGGAAAUUACGACAUUCACUUACACUCCGAGAUAUGAGCCUAUUGGCAUUCUCAGUUUCAUCGGUGGAUAUGUUGGCCUGUGGCUAGGAAUAUCAUUCCUCACCGUCUAUGACUUCCUGGAAACAAGGAUCUUCCGUUUCGCGGCAGCAGUGAGGAGGAAGUGGAAGAUGCGGAAGACUAAAUCUAAAGUAUCAGCAUUCGUAGAACUACGAGCGAAUUCCUUGCAAAAUCACAAAAGUGACUACAUUCCAAGAGAAGUGAGUCAUCAACAGAAACGGCCCAAGUCAUCGAAAGCAAUUUACUAAGCAUAAAUACCCAGAUAUACCUCAAGUGGACAAUGUAUGCAUAAAGUUUAUAGUUAUUUAUCACAGGAUGAAAUACUUUCAGGAUCAGUAAUGGCUCUCACGAAAGUGAAUGUAAAGAAGAAAUUUGUAGAAUGUUCAUAGUGUAGAUAACAAGUUAUGUAAAAAAUCCAACAAGCAUAAUCUGAACUAACCUUUACAGCCUAAUAAAUGUAAUUUAGACCAAAA